GCGGAGGAGCCGAGUGCGGCGACGGCGCGGCGUCCGCGCCAGCCGCGGCUCCGCGGCAGGAGGCGGAACGGGGGGCCCGUGGCGAAGGCUGGAGCAGCGCCUGGACGACGCUGGGUGCCUGCGCGCAGACCGCGCGCCCGGGGCGGCCAGGAGGAGGGGGCCUUCUGGUGGACGGCCGCGGCCCGCCGUGCCUGGCCGAGCCCUGGAACGAGGAGCCGCUGACCGCCUGCUCGACCUCGCUCGGAGCCAGCUCCGGCCUUCUGGUGGACGGCCGCGGCCCGCCGUGCCUGGCCGAGCCCUGGAACGAGGAGCCGCUGACCGCCUGCUCGACCUCGCUCGGAGCCGGCUCCGGUGACACUGUCAGCGUUGCGACGAGCGACUGCAGCGGCUCCACAGGCAAGGCCGCAGACCCCAGGACGACGGAGAUCGAGGCGGAGCUGGGCGCCCUCCUCGCGUCGACCCCGGUGCUCCGCAGGGCAGACUUCGACGGCCUCGUGAGGCAGCACCUCCACGCCAUCCGCACGGUCGAGGGCCGCGAGGGGGUGGCGGAGGCGAUGCAGAUGAUUCGCGAUGCCGCUGCCGACAAGAAGAGGACAGACGUGAAGGGAGGUGGCCGGCAUACAUCAGCGUCCUCCUGA